AUGGAUGCUGCAAACGAGACAAUAGCUGGAAGCGCUGCAGGGCUGCUAAGCGCUGUGGAAGAUGUUCUUCGGACACAGCUUUCAGGGGAACAUCGAUACACCCAAAACUUUUGGGAGGAUGUCCAGGCUUUUGCGCAUGCCAUUGAUUGGCGGAAGGACACCUGGAUAUGGGCGCUGUUUGUCGUGGAGUUCGUAGACUUGCUGUGCAUUGUGGCCAGCCGGAGGUCUUGGGAGAAGCUCUCCGUGAUCUUCAUGGCGAACACUUGCUGCCUGGCAGCUGCAGAGUCUUUAAACAGAUUGGCUGGCCAGCACUGGGCAUUCUUUUCCAGCCAAGACUACUUUGACUCUGCCGGGGUCUUUGCGUCCAUCAUGCUGGGCCUUCCUCUCUUGUUAUGUCAGUUCAUCAUCGUGGGAUUUUUGCUCAGAGAGGCUGGUUCCAUGGUCAUCAAG